AUGCUUCCCAGCUGGCCUUUGCCGGAGUUUGACCCAAGUCAGAUCCGACUGAUUGUGUAUCAGGACUGUGAAAGAAGGGGACGGAAUGUCUUGUUUGACUCCAGUGCUAAAAGAAAAAUAGAGGAUGUUUCGGUGUCGAAACUCUGCAGCGAUGCUCAGGUGAGAGUUUUUGGGAAAUGUUGCCAACUGAAGCCUGGAGGAGACAGCUCUUCUUCCUUGGAUAGUUCCAUCAAUUCAUCCUCCUCAUUCUCUGAUCCAAAAGAACAAUGCCCAAAAUACCAGGGUUCUCGGUGUUCCUCGGAUGCUAACAUGCUUGGAGAGAUGAUGUUUGGCUCUGUGGCCAUGAGCUACAAGGGCUCCACACUGAAAAUUCACCAGAUUCGCUCACCUCCUCAGCUCAUGCUCAGCAAGGUUUUCACCGCUCGCACUGGAAGCAGCAUCUACGGAAGUCUGAAUACGUUGCAGGACAGUCUUGAGUUCAUUAAUCAAGACAGCAAUACAUUGAAGCCUGACCACAGUACCAUUAUGAACGGACUUCUUGGGAAUAUAGGUCUUUCACAGCUUUGCAGCCCUAGGCGGGCAUUCUCAGAGCAAGGUCCGCUCCGCCUGAUCCGGAGCGCCUCUUUCUUUGCAGUUCACAGCAACCCUAUGGAUAUGCCUGGGAGGGAGCAGAGUGAGGACAGAGACAGUGGUAUAGCCAGAUCUGCAUCUCUUAGCAGUCUGCUCAUCACUCCGUUUCCAUCUCCGGGCUCUUCGUUUAACAAAAGCUGUGCUAGCAGUUACCAGCGGCGUUGGCGUCGCAGCCAGACUACCAGCUUGGAGAAUGGGGUCUUCCCUCGAUGGUCCAUGGACGAAAGCUUUAACUUGUCAGAUGACAGCUCUGGUCCUAGCCCAGGAAUCGUUAGGAAGAAAAAGAUAGCAAUUGGAGUUAUUUUUUCACUCUCAAGAGAUGAAGAUGAGAACAACAAAUUUAAUGAGUUUUUCUUCUCCCACUUUCCUCUUUUUGAGAGUCACAUGAACAAACUGAAGAGUGCAAUAGAACAGGCUAUGAAAAUGAGUCGCAGAUCAGCUGAUGCCAGUCAGCGGAGUUUGGCAUAUAACAGAAUUGUUGAUGCCCUUAAUGAAUUCAGAACAACUAUUUGCAAUCUCUACACCAUGCCACGGAUUGGGGAGCCCGUCUGGCUUACGAUGAUGUCGGGGACACCAGAAAAGAACCAGCUUUGCCAUCGCUUCAUGAAGGAAUUCACUUUCUUGAUGGAAAAUGCUUCUAAAAACCAGUUUUUACCAGCUUUACUGACUGCAGUCCUGACUAACCACUUGGCCUGGGUCCCUACCGUCAUGCCGAAUGGCCAGCCGCCUAUCAGAAUCUUCCUGGAAAAGCAUUCUUCCCAGAGCGUGGACAUGCUGGCCAAAACUCACCCGUACAACCCGCUGUGGGCACAGCUCGGUGACCUGUAUGGAGCUAUUGGAUCACCUGUGAGAUUAGCGAAAACAGUUGUGGUUGGCAAAAGGCAUGACCUGGUACAGAGAUUGCUUUAUUUCCUUACUUACUUCAUCAGAUGCUCUGAACUUCAAGAGACGCAUCUUCUAGAAAAUGGGGAAGAUGAAGCCAUUGUCAUGCCUGGAACUGUUAUAACUACCACGCUGGAGAAAGGAGAAGUAGAAGAAUCUGAGUAUGUGCUUGUCACAAUGCACAAGAACAGGGGCAGCUUGCCACUGACGGGGUCUGAAGAAACGAGAACUCCUAACUGUAGCUGUAAAUAUUGCAAGUGUCCGAUUUCCCUUGCACAAAACAUUGAAGGUGUUUCACAGCAAGAGAGAGAAGACACUCAAAACACUCCUAAGGUAGAGCUGGAAACUUCUUCAGAUGACAAUAGAACUAUUGUUCCCGAUGAUUGCCAGGAAGAUGCUGUUGAUGUUAACCAACCGAGACCCUGCCUGGAUGCAAAACUAGAGACCGUGGUGUGCACAGGGUCAGCUUCACCAGAAAAACGUGUAGUGACGGAAUCUGGUUUGGAGCCAACAUCCAACACGUGGAGGAACGAAGCCUCGCUGGAAUCGGGCAACCAGGAGGUCAGCGUACCAAGGUCGCUCAGUAUUGCUUUGGAAAAGAAGCCGCCGGAUAAGCUCUUCUGCGACACGUUUCCUUGCAGUGCUGCCGAGGCUCAGACAAAGGUGACUUUCCUCAUCGGAGAUUCCAUGUCGCCCGAUUCAGACAUCGAACUCCGAAGUCAGGCAGUAGUGGAACAAAUCGCCAGGCAUCACAGCCCACCAGCAACGGAGGAAGGAGUGUCUGCUGAUCAGAACUGUGAAGCUAAACAAACUGUUGAGGACCAAAAUAGAGACUGUGGGACAGCUGAACCCUUUCCUCAAGUUGCUAGUGAGCAUCAGAGCUGGAAUCCAAAUCCGUACAGCGCCGAGAGCAUUAGUCUGUUUGAUGAAUAUUUUACUGAUGACAGUUCAAUUGAAACCCGGACUAUUGAUGAUAUUCCAGGGCAAGCAGCUACAGACCUUGCUCACAACAGUAGUUUAGAGUUUUCUAAAAAGCUGUGUACAAAGACUAGCAAACCACCUAGCGAAUUUUGUAAAUUUAUGGACUCUGUUCGACAAGAGACCUUCAAAAACUGCUUUAAUGAGCAGGACCAAAGAGAGAAAAUCUCUAUUCGUGUCCCCCAUGGGGACAGGGAAAACAUAGAGAAAAAAGUUGCCCCAGGAAUUGAUUGGGACAUUCCAAGAAAUGAGAGUUCAGAUAGUGCCCUGGGUGACAGCGAAAGUGAGGAUACAGGUCAUGAUCUAACUAGACCAAGCGGUAACUACUAUGGAGGAGAGCAAGAAGACUGGGCAGAAGAAUAUGAGAUUCCUUUCCCUGGGUCAAAAUUAGUUGAAGUGAACUCUGUCCAGCCCAGUAUUGCCAACUUUGGAAGAUCCUUACUAGGUGGCUACUGUUCAUCUUACGUCCCUGACUUCGUUUUGCAAGGAAUAGGAAGUGAUGAAAAGCUGCGGCACUGUUUGGUGUCAGAUUUGUCUCAUGCUGUGCAGCAUCCUGUUCUGGAUGAACCGAUCGCAGAAGCCGUCUGCAUUAUUGCAGACACGGACAAGUGGACGGUGCAAGUGGCCAGUAGCCAGAGACGAAUGAUUGAUAAUAAACUGGGAAAGGAGGUGUUAGUCUCCAGUCUCGUCUCCAACCUGCUUCAUUCCACUCUUCAGCUUUACAAGCAUAAUUUAUCUCCAAACUUCUGUGUGAUGCACCUGGAGGAUCGGCUGCAGGAGCUCUAUUUCAAAAGCAAGAUGCUGUCCGAGUAUCUCAAAGGCCAGAUGAGAGUUCACGUCAAGGAGCUGGGCGUGGUGCUGGGGAUUGAAUCCAGCGACCUCCCUUUACUGGCAGCUGUAGCGAGCACUCACUCUCCGUACGUUGCCCAGAUACUACUUUAA